CAAGGAAGCUUGCAGGGCCUGGAGCGGUCUCUGUACUUUCGGGUUUUUGUCUCUGCAGGUGGAGCCUGAGUCUCCCGAGUGUUUCUGGCGGGUUUCCAGCGGGAAGUUCUUUAUAGAAAUCAUAAACGCCCCACAGCUGGCGAGCGAAGUAAUCUGUUUAUGGCUUCCUCCUGUGCUGAGGCAACGCCUCCAUGUUUUACUUCUGAGGAACUCUCCUCUUGGAUAAGAGAGUGGGAAACGGACUAACUUAUUACAGAGGAUUUGGGGAACUGUUCUAAUGGCUGCUCUGAAGAAACAGUAAUCACGUCACUUCUAAUGGAAAUAUUGUUUAUAAGAAAGGUUUGCUAGGUAAAGUUAUCUCAUAGAAGAUUCUUAGUGAAUGAAGUCCAUGUUUGUAACCCAACUGUGACAGAAGACUAAGUUUCUUUAAAUUCUAUCCCUGUGGUUCUGUGACUGCAUCGUGGGACCCUAAUCUAGUCAAGGAGAAAGAGAAAAAACGGUUGUUGUAAUGAGUCCUGGAUACAUAAUAUGCCCUGGAAUUCACAAGUUUCCAGAGAGAGGACAUUUCAAUGUUUGGUGCAUAUAGUUAAUUUUUUUUAACAGUGAACAUAAUGUUCAAACCUAUAACCCAUUCAACUCUAUUAUAAACAGUUCACGAACCAUUGUUUUUACAUGAAAAUUACAAAAUAUAAGCUCUAAAACAGAACUCCCUACAGGAAGUAGACAACUGAAAGAUGAAGGGUUUUUGUUGUUGUUGUUUUUUAUAUAUGUAUUUAUUGUGGGGGCACUUGUGUGCCAGUGCUGGGAUGACAACUUGAAAGUUCAUUUCUCCAUCAAUCUUGUCACUCUUGAGGUGGAACUCAGGUUGUGAGACUUGGGAAGGGACAUUAUGUCUGUGUACAGAAGCACCUAGUUAUGUGAUUUAAUUUUUUCUGCUGCUUGUGAUAGUUCUUGAUUUUCUAUAUAGUCAAUAAUGAGAAGCUAUGAGGGUGCUGAGUUCUUUGUUAUGUGGUCUAAUUUUCUUUGACUAAGUCACAAGAAGGAAAGGAAAGGAAGUAGUAUUAAAACAGAAGGAUAUUCUGGUUUAGAUUCUAAGGUACUCAUCAACUUUAUGAAGAAACAUUUCAAAAAUGCAUUUUAGCCAUCUGUUAGUAGAAUGGCACAACAUAUAUACAGAUUAAGCACACAAGGCUGAAACAGGUCUAUUCAUUUAACAGUUUGAUGAUUUACAUAUUUCUUAGGUUUAGGGAUUGUAGAAUGAAGAAAUGGAAAACAGGACUUUUAAAAUAGUUAUAUCUGAAUUAAUGUAGCCAAAAAUAGUCCCAGAGAUGUGCUAAUUAUAUAUAUAUAUAUAUAUAUAUAUAUAUAUAUACACACGCACAUACAUAUAUAUGUAUAUAUUCAUAUUCAGUAUAGUUUAUAUUUUUCCUUACAGCUUUAAAAAUAGGAGUUUUCUACACUUGUCAAAAAUAAGCAAGCACUGGAGGCACAAAAGAAUUUAUGGGUUGCCCAUGUGAUUGUUGUACUGAAUCCAUUUGUUUUCCUUUCCAAAAGUUACUGUUGUUUUUUUCAAACACUGUAAGUCAAAAUUUUAUGAGAUAUUUCCAUAACCAUAAACCCAGAGAAUGAGUUGUCAAAUCAGGACUUUGUUUUUGACAUUUCAAGAAAGCACUCAGGAACUAAUAUUGAAGAGUAAUACAGAGAUACAUACUAGGUAACACAUGCUCCCUGUUCUACUCAUCCUAUAGCAGUGUACUGGACCACAGCCAUUGUAUUGGCCUUGUGACUGGAUUUUUGUGGGGCAGACUGACAUUGAGUAUCAUCAUCACAAUGGUACCUAUGAAAUGAUAACAGUGAAUCCUGUGCUAGUGGUUAAAGUUUCUUUCCUGAAUUGAUAUAUCAUUCCUGUUCAAGUCCUAAGACUACCUGAAGUCCCUCGUAAAGAAAUGUGUAUUAUAUAGAACCAGGCAGAGAGGGGCACUGCUGCAAUAUGAUAUUUUACUGAAUUUUGCUCAAGGUGUUGAGAAAAAUGUGUUCAUAGAACAGAUUUAAAGGGGCAAUAAGGAAAAAACUCAGGAGUGGUGGUAUAUGACUUUGUUCACCCCAGGUUGGACACCAAUGACAGAUCAAAGACACAAUUCCACCCAAGUCUAGCUUAAUGAGCCAAAGGGUUUACUGAAGUCACUUAUAGAACAUAGGUGACUGAAAGGACUGUUCCACAGCUGCUUUCCUUGUAGGCAGCUCUGCAAGAGCCACCUCACCCCAGCAGCCUUGGAUUCCCUAUGUAGGCUGGGAGAGGCUUGUGAGUCUGGUACAUUUCCUGGGCUUCCUGGGGCUUGUAAGUCUCACUCUUCCUCAGAGGAGAAAGUGUUUCAAUUCAGAGGAAAUAACUACAUAAUAACUGUUUGCUUCUUAAACUGUCACUGUGCCAGAUGGAAAUUUCCAAGUUCAGUUGUAGUUUCUCACAAGUCUACAAUUUCUCACCCUUUCCUCUCAAUGGCUUCUAAAACAGCUGUGGAGUCUGUCAUCCCAGUUCUUGGGAAGUGAAGAAGGGAGACUGAAGCUUAAAGCCAGCCAAUGAUACUUUGGGAGACCAUGUUGUGUAGCUGUGUUUUUGUUUUUUUUUUCAAGGAGGGAGGAGGAAAGCUGAGGAGAAACUUAGAAGGCAGGUAAUCAGAAGACUUCCAGGGGCUGUGUGCAAGUUGUUCAGGAGCUCCAGGGAUGCAGCGUAUGGAAGCCAUCAACAAUGCCAUUGAGUAACCUUUGUUCCUGCAAGUGACCUUUCAUCCACUAUUGGUUCACCAAUAUGGAUUUGGUUCUUCAGUCUGUUAAUCAGUGCUUUAUUUGGGUUUAUGGAUUUUUGUUCACAUCUCUUCCAGAAAAGUUACCCAUUAGACUGUCUUAAAAAUCAACAAAACGGGAGACUAUUUACUACAACCACUACCACUAUUACCACCAAACCCAUAUUGGCUCACAAAUUUUAUGAAUGAACUAUACUAAUAUAAUGCAGGAAUAAUCUGAGAAAUGGUUUGGGAAUGACAAUUUUAAUCAUUGUAGUUUUCCUAAAAACAUAAAUUUAUUUCAUUUAAAAACGUAUACAUUAUUUAUUUGUCUGCCAUGCCAUAUAUGUGGAGAUCAGAAGGUAGUGUGGGGGAGUUGGUUCUUGUUCUUUCUAACUUUCCUACUAUGUGUGUUCUAGGAAUUGAACUCAGGUUGGCAGUCUUGGUGGUACCUUUAUCUGCUGAGCUAUCUCAAUGGCCAAUAAAAAAAAUCUAAGUUCUUGUGAACAGUAGAAAAAAUGAAAUUUAUAAAACAGUGAAGUACAAGAAGAAAGAGUGAUAUCGACCCUGAUACUUGGUUGUGGUUUGCAAGAGAAGUGGAAAAACGAGAGCUCAGCAUCAGAAUGGAAGAUAUAGGGAUAGAAGGAGCUCUCAGCACAUCCAAUCGAUCAGUGCAGGAAUCCUCAGCCUACCUUGCAGGCCCCUGAUGUCCUACUUCCGGUGCGCGCUCAGUAGGCAUGAAGCGGUCGCCAUAGCGACGGAGCGUGGCAACUGCGGAGUGUAGUGGAGAAGCCACUGAAUCUCUCCAGGUCCCUUUCUGUCUCCGCGGCCAUGGCAGGAAGCUUCGGAGAUGUCCGCAAACUCUUUCUUUUUACGACCACCCAGAAUUACUUCGGGCUGAGACCGGAGCUCUGGGAUCAGCCUCCGUUGAGCAACUGCCCGGAGGUGAACAACUUCUUGGACGACGGGAACCAGAUGCUCCUUCGGGUGCAGCGGUCCGAAGCUGGGCUGGCCUUUUCCAACACGAUUGAUUUUGAUGACACAAAAGACAAAGUACUGGUGUUUUUCAAGCUCCGACCAGAAGUAAUUACAGAUGGCAAUCUGCAUAACAACAUUCUGGUUUCUUCUAUGCUGGAAUCACCUAUCAGCUCCCUCUACCAAGCCGUACGACAGGUGUUUGCACCCAUGUUGCUGAAGGACCAGGAAUGGAGCAGAAACUUUGAUCCUAAACUUCAGAAUCUUUUGAGUGAACUCGAAGCUGGAUUGGGUAUAGUCCUACGAAAAUCAGAUACUAACUUACCCAAGCUGAAACUUAAAGAAGACGAUACUAGAGGUAUUCUCACACCAAGUGAUGAGUUCCAGUUUUGGAUAGAACAAGCUCAUCGUGGAAGCAAACAGAUUAGUAAAGAAAGAGCCAGUUAUUUUAAGGAAUUAUUUGAAACAAUUGCAAGGGAAUUUUAUAACUUGGACAGUCUGUCCUUGCUAGAAGUUGUUGACUUGGUGGAGACAACUCGGGAUGUUGUAGAUGAUGUGUGGCGACAGACAGAGCAUGAUCAUUACCCUGAGUCACGUAUGCUGCAUCUCCUGGAUGUCAUAGGUGGUUCAUUUGGAAGGUUUGUUCAGAAAAAAUUGGGAAGCUUGAAACUGUGGGAAGAUCCUUAUUAUCUCGUGAAAGAAAACCUUAAAGCUGGCAUUUCAAUUUGUGAACAAUGGGUGAUAGUCUGCAGUCACCUCACAGGUCAGGUGUGGCAGCGCUAUGUCCCUCAUCCAUGGAAAAGUGAAAAAUAUUUCCCAGAAACUCUUGACAAACUGGGCAAACGGCUAGAGGAGGUCUUGGCUAUUCGAACAAUCCAUGAGAAGCUCUUGUAUUUUUUACCUGCCAGUGAGGAGAGAAUUGUAUGCCUGUCUCGAGUAUUUGAGCCUUUUACUGGUGUGAACCCCGUGCAGUACAAUCCUUAUACUGAGCCUUUAUGGAAAGCUGCAGUGUCUCAGUAUGAAAAGAUCAUUGCACCCGCAGAACAGAAAAUAGCAGGGAAAUUAAAGAAUUAUAUUUCAGAAAUUCAAGAUAGUCCACAGCAGCUUCUCCAAGCAUUUCUAAAAUACAAAGAAUUGGUGAAGCGUCCCACUAUAAGCAAAGAACUGAUGUUAGAGAGAGAGACUUUACUGGCAAGACUUGGGGAUUCAGCUAAAGAUUUUCGAUUGGACUUUGAGAAUCGAUGCCGAGGAAUUCCUGGUGAUCCAUCUGGACCACUUUCUGGCAAAAAUCUUUCAGAAGUUGUGAAUAAUAUUGUUUGGGUUCGUCAGUUGGAAUUGAAGGUAGACGAUACUAUCAAGAUAGCAGAAGCUCUUUUGUCUGACUUGUCAGGAUUUCGAUCUUUUCAUCGGAGUGCUGAAGAUCUCUUGGACCAGUUCAAGCUCUAUGAACAAGAACAGUUUGAUGACUGGUCAAGAGAAGUCCAGUCAGGGUUGUCUGACUCCAGGUCAGGUCUGUGUAUUGAGGCUAACAGCCGAAUAAUGGAAUUGGAUCCUAAUGAUGGGGCGUUAAAAGUGCAUUAUUCUGAUCGCCUGGUGAUUCUUCUGAGAGAAGUCCGUCAGCUUUCUGCCCUGGGCUUUGUCAUUCCUGCGAAAAUACAGCAGGUUGCAAAUGUUGCUCAGAAGUUCUGCAAGCAAGCCAUCAUUCUUAAGCAAGUGGCACAUUUUUACAAUUCCAUUGAUCAACAGAUGAUUCAGAGUCAGAGGCCAAUGAUGCUGCAGUCUGCCUUAGCAUUUGAACAGAUAAUUAAAAAUUCAAAGGCAGGGAGCGGAGGCAAGUCACAGAUUACUUGGGACAACCCUAAAGAACUAGAAGGCUACAUCCAGAAACUACAAAACGCUGCUGAGCGACUUGCCACCGAGAAUAGAAGACUGAGAAAGUGGCACACUACAUUUUGUGAAAAGGUCGUCAUUCUUAUGAAUAUUGAUCUGCUUCGGCAGCAGCAGCGUUGGAAGGAUGGACUGCAGGAACUGAGAACUGGCUUAGCAAGUGUGGCAGCGCAGGGCUUCCAACCCAGUGACAUGCGUGCGUGGCGGCAGCACUGGAACCACCAGCUUUACAAGGCGCUGGAGCACCAGUAUCAAAUGGGUCUGGAGGCGCUGAACGAGAACCUGCCGGAGAUCAACAUAGACUUAACCUACAAACAGGGAAGGUUACAGUUUAGGCCUCCUUUUGAAGAAAUCCGGGCUAAAUAUUACAGAGAAAUGAAGAGGUUCAUCGGAAUUCCCAAUCAGUUUAAGGGCGUGGGUGAGGCUGGAGAUGAAUCAAUAUUUUCUGUCAUGAUUGAUAGAAAUGCAAGUGGAUUUCUGACUAUUUACAGCAAAGCAGAAGAUCUGUUUAGAAGACUGUCCGCAGUUUUGCAUCAACAUAAGGAAUGGGUUGUGAUUGGACAGGUUGACAUGGAAGCUCUGGUUGAAAAGAAUCUUUCUACUGUGCAUGAUUGGGAGAAAAAUUUUAAAGCAUUGAAAAUAAAAGGGAAAGAAGUUGAACGGCUUCCCAGUGCUGUCAAGGUGGACUGUCUGAACAUCAACUGCAGCCCUGUGAAGACUGUGAUCGAUGACCUCAUCCAGAAGUUCUUUGAUCUGCUUGUACUUUCUCUGAAGAAGUCCAUCCAGACUCAUAUACACGAAAUUGAUACAUUUGUUACUGAGGCUAUGAAGGUCUUAACAGUUAUACCUCAGUCUGUGGAAGAAAUAGGUGAUACAAAUUUACAGUAUAGCAAUCUGCAGGAUCGGAGGCCUGAGAUUUUGCCCUUGUUUCAAGAAGCCGAAGACAAAAACAGGCUUUUGCGUACUGUGGCAGGUGGAGGGGUAGAGACAGUUAGCAAUCUGAGAGCCAAGUGGGACAAAUUCGAGCUGAUGAUGGAAAGUCACCAACUUAUGAUUAAAGAUCAGAUUGAAGUGAUGAAGGGAAAUGUGAAGUCCCGCCUUCAGAUCUAUUACCAAGAGUUGGACAAGUUCAAGGCUCGCUGGGACCAGCUGAAACCUGGGGAUGAUAUUAUUGAAACUGGUCAACAAAAUACCAUGGAUCAAAGUGCAAAGUCUAUAAAGGAAAAAAAAAUUGAGUUUGAUGAUCUGGAAGUCAUAAGAAAAAAGCUAGUUGAUGACUGCCAUCAUUUUGGACUAGAAGAACCUAACUUCUCUCUGGCAUAUAGCAUCUCUAAGGACAUUGAGAGCUGUGCACAGAUUUGGGCUCUUUAUGAGGAGUUCCAACAAGGACUCCAGGAUAUGGCCAAAGAAGAUUGGAUUACUUACCGGGCUAAGAUCUACUUGUUUGAGGAGUUUUUGAUUAACUGGCAUGAGAGACUAAGGAAGGUUGAAGAGCAUUCGGUUAUGACAGUGAAGUUGCAGUCAGAAGUGGACAGAUACAAAAUUAUUAUUCCUAUCCUGAAAUAUGUGAGAGGGGAGCAUCUUUCUCCAGACCACUGGCUUGACCUUUUUCGUCUACUUGGCCUUCCUCGAGGGACUAGUCUAGAGAAACUGCUGUUUGGUGACCUGCUCAGAGUUGCUGAUACAAUUGUGGAGAAAGCAUCAGACCUUAAAGAUUUAAAUAGUCGGGCACAAGGGGAAGUUACCAUCAGAGAAGCUUUGCGUGAACUUGAUCUAUGGGGAGUUGGAGCAGUGUUCUCACUGAUUGAUUACGAAGACAGCCAGAAUCGCACUAUCAAGCUGAUUAAAGACUGGAAAGACAUAGUGAACCAGGUUGGAGAUAAUAGAUGCCUUCUUCAGUCCUUAAAAGAUUCUCCAUAUUACAAAGGGUUUGAAGAUAAAGUAUCAAUUUGGGAAAGAAAACUUGCACAGUUAGAUGAAUAUCUGCAGAAUUUGAACCAUAUCCAGAGAAAAUGGGUAUAUUUGGAGCCCAUUUUUGGGCGUGGAGCUUUGCCUAAAGAACAGACACGCUUCAACAAAGUUGAUGAAGAUUUCAGAUCAAUAAUGAUGGACAUCAGGAAAGACAGUAGAGUCACCACAUUGACUACUCAUGCAGGAAUCAGAAACACUCUGCUAACGAUACUUGAUCAGCUUCAAAGAUGCCAGAAAUCCCUAAAUGAGUUUUUGGAGGAAAAACGGUCAGCAUUCCCAAGAUUUUAUUUUAUUGGUGAUGAUGACUUGUUAGAAAUCCUGGGCCAGUCAACUAACCCAUCAGUGAUUCAGUCUCAUCUGAAGAAGCUGUUUGCUGGCAUUAACAGUGUGUGCUUUGAUGAGGAAUCAAAACAUAUAACUGCAAUGAAGUCACUAGAGGGAGAAGUUGUACCUUUUAAAAGUAAAGUUCUCCUAUCAAAUAAUGUAGAGGCAUGGUUGAAUGAUCUGGCUUUGGAAAUGAAGCAAACUCUGAAACAGUUGUUGAAAGAAUGUGUUACUGCUGGACGAAGUUCACAAGGUGCAAUUGACCCAUCUCUGUUCCCUUCCCAGAUACUGUGUUUGGCAGAGCAGAUCAAGUUUACUGAAGAUGUAGAAAAUGCCAUUAAAGACCACAGUCUUCACCAGAUUGAAGCACAACUGGUGGCUAAGUUAGAGCGCUACACUAGUGUUGACACAAGCUCCGAGGACCCAGGGAACUCGGAAUCAGGAAUUCUGGAGCUUAAGCUGAAAGCACUAAUUCUUGAUAUUAUUCAUAAUAUUGAUAUUGUGAAGCAAUUAAACCAAGUUCAAGUUCAUACAACUGAUGACUGGGCUUGGAAGAAACAAGUGAGAUUCUACAUGAAGAGUGACCAUACAUGCUAUGUUCAAAUGGUGGACUCUGAACUGCAGUAUACAUACGAGUACCAGGGUAACGCGCCCAAGCUGGUUUAUACUCCACUGACAGACAAAUGCUACCUAACUCUCACUCAAGCCAUGAAGAUGGGACUCGGAGGGAAUCCCUAUGGACCCGCUGGGACUGGAAAAACUGAAUCAGUAAAGGCACUAGGUGGACUUCUUGGGAGACAAGUUUUAGUUUUUAACUGUGAUGAGGGCAUUGAUGUGAAAUCAAUGGGACGGAUAUUUGUUGGGUUGGUAAAGUGUGGGGCCUGGGGCUGCUUUGAUGAGUUCAAUCGACUGGAAGAAGCUGUUCUGUCAGCCGUUUCCAUGCAGAUCCAGACCAUUCAGGAUGCUUUGAAGAACCACAGAACUGUAUGUGAGCUGCUUGGCAAAGAGGUAGAAAUAAAUGCCAAUUCUGGAAUUUUUAUCACCAUGAAUCCUGCUGGAAAAGGUUACGGAGGAAGACAAAAACUUCCAGAUAACCUUAAACAGCUUUUCAGACCAGUGGCGAUGUCGCGUCCAGACAAUGAUCUCAUAGCAGAAGUGAUUCUAUAUUCAGAGGGCUUCAAAGAUGCUAAAGAAUUAGGCAGGAAAUUGGUGGCCAUUUUCAACCUGUCUAGGGAACUUUUGACACCUCAGCAGCAUUAUGAUUGGGGGUUGAGAGCUUUGAAGACAGUUCUGAGAGGAAGUGGGAAUCUUCUGAGACAGUUGAAGAAAAAUAGCACAAAACAAGAUGUUAAUGAAAAUCACAUUGUGGUGCAAGCAUUGAGACUUAAUACAAUGUCAAAAUUCACAUUUGCUGAUUGCACGCGGUUUGAUGCACUGAUUAAAGAUGUCUUUCCUGGCAUUGACUUUAAAGAAGUAGAAUACGAUGAACUAAGUUCUGCAUUAAAGCAAGUCUUUGAGGAGGCGAAUUAUGAAGUCAUACCCAAUCAGAUGAAGAAGGCUCUAGAAUUAUAUGAACAGUUGCGCCAGAGAACGGGCGUUGUUAUUGUUGGUCCAAGUGGUGCUGGCAAAUCUACCCUUUGGAGAAUGUUAAGGGCUGCACUUUGUAAAAUUGGCAAAGUAGUAAAACAGUACACUAUGAAUCCCAAAGCUAUGCCCAGACAUCAGCUACUAGGACAUAUUGACAUGGAUACAAGAGAGUGGUCAGAUGGUGUUUUGACAAAUAGUGCUCGCCAAGUAGUUCGUGAGCCUCAAGAUGUCAGCUCAUGGAUAAUCUGUGAUGGUGACAUUGACCCUGAAUGGAUAGAAUCUCUGAAUUCUGUUCUGGAUGAUAAUCGGCUGCUCACCAUGCCUAGUGGAGAAAGAAUUCAGUUUGGUCCAAAUGUUAACUUUGUAUUUGAAACUCAUGAUUUAAGUUGUGCUUCACCAGCCACAAUAUCUAGAAUGGGAAUGAUAUUUCUUAGUGAUGAAGAGACAGAUCUUAACUCCCUCAUCAAAUCUUGGUUGAGGAAUCAGCCUCUUGAAUACAGAAGUAAUCUUGAAAACUGGAUUGGAGAUUAUUUUUCAAAAGCGUUACAGUGGGUUUUAAAGCAGAAUGACUACGUGGUGGAAACGAGUUUGGUUGGGACUGUGAUGAAUGGCUUGUCCCACCUCCAUGGAUGCAAAUAUCAUGACCAGUUUAUUAUUAAUCUUAUACGAGGACUGGGUGGCAAUCUGAAUAUGAAAUCACGCCUGGAGUUUACCAAGGAGGUCUUUAAUUGGGCACGGGAGACCCCUCCAGACUCUCACAGGCCAAUGGACACCUACUAUGACUGUGACCGAGGACAGUUAGCAUCCUACAUGCUGAAGAAGCCAGAGAACCUGACAGCUGAUGAUUUCAGCAAUGGCCACAUCCUUCCUGUCAUUCAGACUCCUGAUAUGCAGCGAGGUUUAGAUUAUUUCAAACCCUGGCUAAGUUCAGAUACCAAACAGCCAUUUAUUCUGGUGGGACCAGAAGGAUGUGGCAAAGGGAUGCUGCUCAGGUAUGCCUUCUCUCAGCUCCGCUCCACAGAGAUUGCCACAAUCCACUGCAGUGCUCAGACUACUUCUCGGCAUCUUCUGCAAAAACUGAGCCAGACUUGCAUGGUAAUCAGUACAAAUACUGGUCGAGUAUACAGACCAAAAGAUUGUGAAAGACUCGUUUUGUAUCUAAAAGAUAUCAACCUGCCCAAGCUUGAUAAGUGGGGGACCAGCACUUUGGUGGCUUUCCUCCAGCAGGUGUUGACAUAUCAAGGAUUUUAUGAUGAAAAUUUGGAAUGGGUUGGUCUGGAGAAUAUUCAGAUUGUAGCUUCCAUGUCAGCUGGAGGAAGACUGGGGAGACAUAAGCUGACCACCAGGUUUACGUCUAUUGUCCGUCUUUGUGCCGUAGAUUACCCAGAGAGAGAACAGUUACAGACAAUCUAUGGAGCAUAUUUGGAAGCAGUUCUGCACAAAAAUCUGAAGAAUCAUUCUAUUUGGGGUUCUUCGUCAAAAAUAUAUCUCUUAGCAGGCUCUAUGGUGCAGGUGUAUGAACAGGUGCGGGCCAAAUUCACAGUGGAUGAGUACAGCCACUAUUUCUUCACACCCUGCAUUCUUACUCAGUGGGUUCUUGGCUUGUUCAGAUAUGAUUUAGAAGGAGGAUCCUCUAACCAUCCAUUAGAUUACGUGCUAGAAAUUGUAGCCUAUGAAGCACGGCGCUUGUUUCGGGACAAAAUUGUUGGUGUGAAGGAGCUGCAUUUGUUUGAUAACAUUUUAACUUCAGUCCUCCAAGGAGACUGGGGCUCAGACAUCCUGGACAAUAUGGCAGAUAGUUUCUAUGUUACAUGGGGAGCCCAACAUGCCUCAGGAGGAAAGACAGCUCUAGGACAGCCUUUACCUCCACACGGGAAACCACUUGGCAAACUGACCUCUGCAGACCUGAAGGAUGUCAUUAAGAAGGGUCUUAUUCAUUAUGGACGAGAUAACCAGAAUUUAGAUAUUUUACUCUUCCAAGAAGUCCUGGAAUAUAUGUCGAGGAUAGACAGAGUGCUGAGUUUCCCUGGAGGCUCCCUUCUGUUGGCAGGACGAAGCGGCGUGGGGCGGCGGACUGUCACAUCUUUAGUCAGUCACAUGCAUGGUGCUGUGCUCUUCUCCCCGAAGAUCUCCAGGGGCUACGAGCCGAAGCAGUUCAGAAACGAUCUCAAGCAUGUGCUGCAUCUUGCAGGAAUUGAAGCACAGCAGGUAGUCUUACUUCUUGAGGAUUACCAGUUUGUACAUCCCACAUUCUUGGAGAUGAUCAAUAGCCUUUUGGCUUCAGGCGAGGUUCCUGGACUGUAUACUCUGGAAGAAUUAGAGCCUUUGCUAUUGCCGCUGAAAGAUCAAGCUUCUCAGGAUGGAUUUUUUGGACCAGUCUUCAAUUACUUCACAUACAGAAUUCAACAAAAUUUGCAUAUUGUCUUGAUUAUGGAUUCUGCAAAUUUGAAUUUCAUAGUAAACUGUGAGAGUAAUCCAGCUUUGCAUAAGAAAUGCCAGGUGCUAUGGAUGGAGGGCUGGUCAGACAGCAGUAUGAAGAAGAUACCAGAAAUGUUAUUCAGUGAAACAGAUGGUGAAGAAAAAUAUGAAAAAAAGAGAAAAGAUGAAAAGAAAAGAAAUUCAGUUGAUCCCGACUUUAUAAAGUCAUUCUUAUUAAUCCAUGAGUCUUGUAAAGCUUAUGGGGCCACCCCAAGCAGGUACAUGACCUUUCUGCAUGUGUAUUCUGCCAUCAGCAGCAGUAAGAAGAAGGAGUUACUGAAAAGACAGAGUCAUUUACAGGCUGGCGUGUCUAAACUAAAUGAAGCCAAAGCUCUUGUAGAUGAGCUGAACAGAAAGGCUGGCGAGCAGAGUAUCCUGCUUCGAAUAAAGCAGGAUGAAGCGGAUUCUGCCCUUCAGGAGAUCACAGUGUCCAUGCAGGAUGCUAGUGAGCAAAAGACAGAACUUGAAAGAUUGAAACAGCGAAUAGCAGAAGAAGUUGUUAAAAUUGAAGAGAGAAAAAGUAAAAUUGAUGAUGAAUUAAAAGAAGUACAACCUCUAGUCAAUGAAGCUAAGCUAGCAGUUGGAAACAUUAGGCCAGAAUCUCUUUCAGAAAUCCGCUCACUCCGCAUGCCACCAGAUGUAAUCCGAGACAUUCUGGAAGGAGUUUUGAGGUUAAUGGGUAUCUUUGAUACAUCAUGGGUAAGCAUGAAAAGCUUCCUUGCAAAAAGGGGAGUGAGAGAAGACAUUGCAACUUUUGAUGCGCGGAACAUUCCCAAGGAGAUCCGAGAGAGUGUGGAGGAGCUGCUCUUCAAAAACAAAGCCUCUUUCGAUCCAAAGAAUGCUAAGCGUGCCAGCACUGCAGCUGCUCCUUUGGCUGCUUGGGUUAAGGCCAAUGUACAGUACUCCCAUGUCUUGGAACGGAUUCAGCCUCUGGAAACAGAGCAGUCAGGAUUAGAAUUGAAUUUGAAGAAAACUGAAGACAGAAAAAGGAAGCUAGAAGAUCUUCUGAACUCUGUUGGUCAGAAAGUAUCAGAACUGAAAGAAAAAUUUCAGAGCAGGACUUCGGAAGCUGCCAAAUUGGAAGCUGAGGUCAGCAAGGCACAGGAGACCAUCAAAGCUGCAGAGGUCCUCAUUAGUCAGCUAGACAGAGAGCACAGGAGAUGGAACGCCCAGGUUGCCGAGAUAGCUGAAGAGUUAGCUACCCUCCCCAAAAGAGCUCAGCUAGCGGCUGCUUUCAUCACCUACCUCUCCGCUGCUCCAGAAGGCCUCAGGAAAAACUGUCUGGAUGAAUGGACCAAGGCAGCUGGUCUUGAGAAAUUUGAUCUCAGGCGGUUUCUCUGUACUGAAAGUGAGCAGUUGAUCUGGAAAAGUGAGGGCCUUCCAUCCGAUGACCUUUCCAUUGAGAACGCCCUUGUGAUCUUACAGAGUCGAGUAUGCCCAUUUCUGAUAGAUCCAUCUUCUCAGGCAACAGAGUGGUUAAAGACACAUCUGAAGGACUCACAUUUGGAAGUUAUUAACCAACAGGACAGUAACUUUAUCACAGCUCUUGAGUUGGCAGUACGUUUUGGGAAAACCCUCAUCAUACAAGAGAUGGAUGGGGUAGAGCCCGUUCUUUAUCCGCUGCUGAGACGAGAUCUGGUUGCUCAAGGACCUCGGUAUGUGGUACAAAUAGGUGACAAGAUCAUUGACUACAAUGAAGAUUUCCGCCUUUUCUUGUCUACAAGAAAUCCAAAUCCCUUUAUCCCACCGGAUGCCGCAUCCAUCGUGACUGAGGUGAACUUUACCACAACAAGAAGUGGACUGCGAGGACAGCUUUUAGCUUUAACCAUUCAGCAUGAAAAACCUGAUCUAGAAGAACAGAAAACAAAACUAUUACAGCAGGAAGAAGAUAAGAAAAUACAGCUGGCUAGACUUGAGGAGUCUCUCUUAGAGACACUUGCCACAUCUCAAGGCAAUAUUUUGGAAAACAAGGAUUUGAUUGAAUCUUUGAAUCAGACAAAAGCAAGCAGUGCUCUUAUUCAAGACUCACUUAAGGAAUCUUAUAAACUCCAGAUUUCCCUUGAUCAAGAGCGCGAUGCCUACUUGCCUCUGGCUGAGAGUGCCAGCAAGAUGUACUUCAUCAUCUCGGAUUUGUCCAAGAUUAAUAACAUGUACCGUUUCAGUUUGGCUUCAUUUCUCCGACUUUUUCAGCGAGCUCUGCAGAACAAGCAGGACUCUGAAAAUACAGAAGAAAGAAUCCAAUGUCUUGUGAACUCACUGAAACACAUGGUUUAUGAAUAUAUAUGCAGGUGCCUGUUUAAGGCUGACCAGUUGAUGUUUGCUUUGCAUUUUGUUCGAGGCAUGCAUCCUGAGCUUUUUCAAGAAAAUGAAUGGGAUACAUUCACAGGUGUGGUUGUUGGAGACAUGCUGCGCAAAGCUGACUCUCAACAAAGAAUUCGUGAUCAGCUUCCAUCUUGGAUAGAUCAAGAAAGGAGCUGGGCAGUGGCAACAUUGAAGAUCUCCCUCCCUAGUCUCUACCAGACUCUCUGUUUUGAAGAUGGGGCAUUUUGGCGUACUUACUAUCAUCACUCAAUGUGUGAACAGGAGUUUCCAUCAAUUCUUGCAAAGAAGGUUUCCUUAUUUCAGCAGGUUCUUGUAGUUCAGGCUCUGCGGCCAGACAGACUGCAGAGUGCCAUGGCUCUGUUUGCCUGCAAGGCUCUGGGAUUGAAGGAGUUAUCCCCUCUUCCUCUGAACCUCAAACGCUUAUACAAGGAGACCCUCGAGAUUGAACCCAUUUUGAUCAUAAUCUCUCCAGGGGCUGACCCUUCUCAGGAACUUCAGGAACUUGCUAGUGCUGAAAGAAGCAGUGAGUGUUAUCACCAGGUUGCCAUGGGUCAAGGUCAAGCUGAUUUAGCAAUUCAGAUGCUAAAAGAAUGUGCCCGAAAUGGAGAUUGGCUCUGUUUGAAGAACUUACAUCUUGUGGUGUCUUGGCUUCCAGUUCUGGAGAAGGAAUUGAAUACUCUUCAGCCUAAAGACAGCUUUCGUCUGUGGCUCACUGCAGAAGUUCAUCCCAACUUUACCCCCAUAUUACUCCAGUCAAGUCUGAAGAUAACAUAUGAGUCACCUCCAGGUUUGAAGAAGAAUUUGAUGCGCACUUAUGAGUCUUGGACUCCUGAGCAAAUUAGCAAAAGAGAUAACAUACACCGAGCUCAUGCUCUUUUUAGCUUAGCAUGGUUUCAUGCUGCCUGUCAGGAAAGAAGAAAUUAUAUUCCACAGGGUUGGACCAAGUUUUAUGAGUUUUCCUUAUCAGAUCUUCGAGCCGGGUACCAUGUCAUUGACAGGCUCUUCGAUGGUACCAAAGAUGUACAGUGGGAAUUUGUACACGGCUUACUUGAAAAUUCUAUUUAUGGAGGACGUGUAGAUAACUAUUUUGAUCUUAGAGUUCUUCAGUCCUACUUGAAGCAGUUUUUUAAUUCUUCAAUAAUUGAUGUACUAAACCAAAGGAACAAGAAAAGCAUUUUUCCAUAUUCCAUCUCUCUCCCAAACUCGUGCAGCAUUUUGGACUAUCGUGCUAUCAUUGAGAAGCUCCCCGAGGACGAUAAGCCCAGCUUCUUUGGUCUGCCCGCCAACAUUGCCCGCUCCUCUCAGCGCAUGACCAGCUCUCAGGUUAUCUCCCAGCUUAGGAUCUUGGGAAGAUCGGUCACAGCCGGUUGCAAAUUUGACAGAGAAAUCUGGUCUAAUGAACUUUCUCCAGUUCUCAAUCUUUGGAAAAAGCUGAACCAGAAUUCAAACCUAAUUCAUCAAAAAGUAUCACCACCUAAUGAUCGACAAGGAUCUCCAAUAUUAUCGUUCAUCAUUCUUGAGCAGUUCAAUGCCAUCCGCUUGGUACAAAGUGUUCAUCAGUCGCUUGCUGCCCUCAGCAAAGUCAUCAGGGGAACCACUUUACUGAGUUCAGAAGUACAAAAGCUGGCAAGUGCUUUAUUAAACCAGAAGUGUCCUCUCACAUGGCAGAGCAGGUGGGAAGGCCCUGAGGAUCCCCUCCAGUACCUUCGCGGCCUCGUAGCCAGAACCCUUGCAAUUCAGAAUUGGGUAGAGAAAGCUGAAAAGCAAGUUCUUCUCGCUGAUACACUUGACCUAUCUGAGCUCUUCCAUCCGGACACAUUCCUUAAUGCUCUGCGCCAGGAAACUGCAAGGGCAACAGGCUGCUCUGUGGAUAGUCUUAAAUUUGUAGCAUCCUGGAAAGGCCGACUUCAAGAAGCAAAGCUGCAAAUUAAGAUCAGUGGCCUGUUACUGGAAGGGUGCAGUUUUGAUGGCAAUCGCCUUUCAGAGAACCAGCACGAUUCUCCUAGCGUAUCGUCAGUUCUUCCUUGCUACAUGGGCUGGACUCCACAAGGUUCAUAUGGUCCAUAUUCCCCUGAUGAGUGCAUCUCUUUGCCUGUUUAUACAAGUGCUGAGAGGGAGCGUGUGGUGACCAACAUUGAUGUUCCCUGUGGUGGUAACCAGGACCAGUGGAUCCAGUGUGGGGCAGCGCUGUUUCUUAAAAAUCAGUAGGUCUGAGGCAAUUCAGGAGGACUUCACAAAGUGGCAAUUGCUGCAGCACUCCACACAGAGCAUGAAGUCAGUCUGCAUUAGGAAUGUUAGUUCAAUAUAUCUGCUGUUCGUUGUUCUUGCUGAUGGUCUCCUUGUAUUUCUAUUUUAAUAAAUGUGUGACACCAGCACUGUGUACCUUAAAGAAGUUCAUAUUACAGUGGGUUAUUUGGUGGUAGGUAUUAAAUAUUUUUAUGAAGUUUACUUUUCAGUAGUUUAAAUAUUUAAAAUUAAAGUUCUAUAUUUAGGAAAUAUAUUUUAGUUUCAAAUAAUUGCAUAUAUAAAGUUAUUGUAUUCUCCUACAGUUUUAAAUAUGUGUACACACUGCUUUUAAGCAUUGAGCAAUGUCCAAAAGUAUAAUGAAUGAAUUACCUUAACAAUUAAACAUGAUGUCAUUUCUUUGUGUACAUUAAAUGAUAUAAUACAUAGUAUCCUAACAGUAAAGAGGAAGAAUAUAGAUAAUAUAGAUAAUGAAACAUAAAUUCUGGUCAUAGGAUUUAGAGUCACCUUCUUUCUAUGUGCUUUGGAACUUGUAUUUGAGCUCUGCAAGACUCCCUGAAAUCCAAGAAUGCAGUAGUGUUGCCACUGAGUGACACCUUAGGAGCCUGGAUUACAUCCAGCUAUCUGUCCAUGGGAACAGACAGCUCUUGAGGGUUGAGAUGUGUGUUGCUGUCAGGCAUGUGCAAUAGCCACUCUUAGCUACUGUGUGUGUCUGCACUUGGGCCAGUGCUAUCGGGUGUUUGUUGUUUUGUUUUGCACUUCCCCCAGUAUCAGGAAUGAAAUUCAGGGUCCAGUACAAGGUAGGCAAGCACUCUACGACUGAGAUACACCCCCACACUUGGCAUUUAUCAUCAAAGAAAAGUUGCAUACUUAGAGGAGAAAUAACAGCUGAAAUAAAAGGUAAAAAAGAGACUGUGAAUUAAGAAUCUCACAUUAAUACUCAAAAAAAAAAAAAAAUUAGA